AUGGCAGCAACGAAAAAGAAGAUUCCUACAGUCGAGAUUAUCUCAAAGGAGAUGAUAAAACCAUCAUUACCCACUCCCUCUCAUCUCCGCUCCUACCAAAUCUCUUCCCUCGAUCAAAUGUUCAAUCUCAGCUACGUCCGGGUCGUUUUCUUCUACAAUCGUCCACUCGCCGGCGAGACUAAUGAUGUAAUUGUUCAAGUUCUUAAAAGUUCACUAUCCGAAACCUUGACCCAUUACUACCCUCUUGCCGGAAAGUUCGUGCCGGAGGAUGACUUGAUUGACUGCGACGACUCCGGCGCUGAGUUUACCACCGCCGUCAUUGUCGGCGGCGAUGAUGGUGUUUUUUUGGGUGCAAUAGAGAAUCCAGAUAUAGAUUUCCUUGAUAAACUAGUUAGUAAGGAGAAUGAUGAUAGAUUGAAAUCAGAGGAGGAGGAUGUGAUUCUAGCUAUUAGAAUAACGCGAUUUCCUGGAGGUGAAAUCGCCGUCGGAGUUUGUAUUUGUCACAAGAUAUCAGACGCAGCCACUUUAUGCUCUUUCAUGAAAUUAUGGUCGGCGGCAGCAAAAAUCUUAAUCUCCGGCGAAACGAGUUUCAAAGAAUUGACCGGACCUGUUUUCGAUGCUCCGAGGUUAUGGCCUUCCGUUCCCGGAUUUACCCGUCCAUCAAGCAGCCUCAAAAAAGAGAAAAUAAUAAUGAAAAAGUUUGUUUUCAAUUCUUCAAGUCUAACAAGACUGAAAUCGGAGUUGUCGAAAGUAGAAGGAGUGGACAUCGUUCCAACGAGAGUAACAUCUAUGAUGGCUCUCAUUUGGCACGCCGUAAUGAAUUCUUCAUCCGAACCGCCAACGAAUCACGUGCUUGCAUUGCCAGUAAACAUUCGUAAAAAAAUGUCUCCACCUCUGCCCGAUAACACAUUAGGGAACGUAAUAAAAUCAGUGGCGGUUGCGAAUAGUGUGGGUGGUGUUACUCUUGGAGUGGUUUUGGGUCUGAUAAAGGAGGCGAUUGGGAAAGUGGAUGAAGAAUAUGCUAAGAAGAAAGGGGUGCCAUUACAUGAACCAUUUUCGAAAGUGUUUUCUUCUUUGUCUAAAAUGAAUAUGACUAUAAUGAUAAGUUGGUGUUGGUUUCCUUUUUAUGAGGUUGAUUUGGGACUAGGCAGGCCGGUUUGGAUGACUUGUUUAAGACAUGCUGCUUUAUCAGACAUUUUAUUAAUUGAUGGACCGGAUGGAGGAAUUGAUGCACUGAUUGGGCUAAAUGUGGAGACAAUGGAGAAGUUUGAGAAGAACCCUAAUAUCAUUUCUUUUUGUGAUCACUCCAUUGCUUAUGGAUGA